UGCGCGCGCACAUGAAAUACCUUGGGCCUAUUCGAUUCUAUUCAAGAUGGAGAGAAAAGAACGUAAGAUCUCGGUAAGGUGGUAGUAAUAAACAAAAGAUUUCAAAGAUACAUAUCUAUUGUUAAGGUAUUAAUGUAAUAUUGAACGAUAAAAAAAUGGCAAAAUCUGUAUUGAGCUCGGAUACCUUACCAAAAGCAGGUCGAGUUAAUGAAGUAUGUCGGGAGUGGUUGGUGCACGAGGAUGGAGCAUUGGCAUAUAGAUUACAAGAUGAAGAAAUUAAGGAACAUUAUUCGGGUAAUAAGGUGCGUAAUGCUCAGGUACGAGAAGAUCUUCCAAGGGCCAGGGUAGAACAAGAAUUAGAGGCAAUAAGAUAUCAAAAUUAUAUACAACAGCAGGAAGAAAGAGAUGCCGUUGUAGCAAGACAAAUUGCAUUGUCAUUGGAAAGAGAGGAACAUCAAAAAGAAAGGGAGGAGUAUCAAAAAGAAAGGGAAGAACAUCAAAGAGAAAGGGACGAGUAUCAAAGAGAAAGAGAAUUACAAGAACGGAUGAGAUCGCAGUUAAGGCUAGACGAUGAAACAUUAUCGAUGAGAUUGGAAAUUGAAAGACGCAUACAAGAGGAAAAGGAUGAAGAAUUAGCAAGAAAGUUGCAGGAGGAAGAAGAAAGUGCUAUGGACGAUCAUGAUUCUCCGAUUAACGAACAAUUAUUAUUAGAUCAAAAAAUAGCAAUGGAAGCUCAGGAUGCCGAAUUGGCACGUAUGCUUCAAGAAAAAGAACGUGCUAAAGCAAGAAAAGCGAGAGAAAGAGCUAGGCAAAAGAAAUUAGAAAAGCAACAGAUGCAACAACUUGAACAACAUACUUUAAUAGAUAGACCACAACGACCGGAUAAGAUUGAUUUAAGAAAUUCGUCGAGUAAAAAUCGAACGAGACACGAUAACAAUUAUACGCAAUAUCCAGAUCCCGAAGAGAUACAAACGCUUGAUAAUCAUGUUGAAGAAAUACAAGAAGUACCAAAUGUAGCUGCCAUUAUUGAUCCAACUUAUAAUAUAAAUGAGCAUCGAAAUACGUCAAGCAGUUCGAGUAAUACGGUUAGUCCAACGUUUGUAUUACCUACACCACCGCAAGAAUUAAUGGUAGACGAUGCACCAUGUUAUAUGCCGAUACAAGGACAACGACGAAAUCAAAAUCAAUCUCCUUCACAAGCACACGAAGAAAAGCACAAGAGGCGAGUUAAAGAUGGAUGUAAGCAUCAAUGAAACAAAAAUAAUGUGCCUAUCGUAUUUAAUUAAUGCAUAAGUAUAAUAUACUCGUUUUUUUUAGUAUUAAACAUUUAUCAGAAGUAUAAAA